AUGGUUUUAUUUGGAAAUCAACCAUUUAGAGGUAAAAAAGAAAAAGAAGCUUAUGAAAAGACAUUUGCUGGUAAAUAUCAAAAAUUAGUUAAAAAGAAUCACUUUCUAUAUCUUGGUUUACCUUUUAUGUUAUCCAUUGUAGCCGGUUCCAUAUAUUUACAGAAGUUUACAUCAGUAAAAUGGGAAAGGUAUGAUAAUAAAUAUAGACAAUUAAAUGAAGAAGAAAUGUUGAAUUUGAUUGAAAAUAAAAGAACUUUUGAUAAAAAGAAUGAUUUUUACAGAUUACAAGGUUUUUUAGUUGAUAAUAAAGUUAAUGAUGAUUAUGAUAUGGUUAGAGUUAAAAGAAAACCUGAGGAUGAACCAGUCUGGGAUAAGUAUAAAUAA